AUGAUUGAUAAACUCCCAGUCAGAGUUCAGACUCUAGAGAAGGCCAUCAUUGAAGCCCUCAUGAUGCCACUUUGUUGCAAGACAAGGACUCUUGCAAUGCCCUUGGACUCAAACGGCAAAGAAGUGUUCAUUGACAAGCGAGAGAGGGAUUACUCUAUAGAUGUUGCAAACUCAAAGAUGCCAAAGAUGUCUCUGAAUGAUCAGUGUGAUCAGCUUAACAAAAUACAAAAAGAAGCAUCUGAAAUUAUCAUUAAACACUCUUCAAACUCUAAAACUAAAUCUGAUCGUUCAUCACCAAGAACCUCUGUUCAGGAUUCAAAGUACCUGAACCCCCAACAUUUGGAGCAAAUGAAUAUCAAAGUGAAGCAGCCUCCGAUCGACGAAAUCGAGCGACUUAAAGGGUAUAAAUACGAGAGGAAGUACCUGUUCAACGAGAAGACCAUGCGCACCAACACAGUGCUCAUCUGCAAGUACGAUGAAUGCAACAAAGUGUGCAACAAAACCUGGGACUUGCUCGAUCACAUGCGCAAACACACCGGCGAGAAGCCUUACCAGUGCAAGGUCUGUCUGAAGAGGUUUUCGCAAAGAGGCAACGUCAUCAAGCACAAGAAGAUGCAUGAGAAGGGAGCCAGCAAGCGCAGGAGAAGGAGAAAUGCUAAUAACUAUUAA